AUGAGUGCAGACUGUAUCCAGCUGGGAGGAGAACAGUUUGUGCCCCACUGCUGCCCUGCGAUGAUACUGAACCCUUUCUUUUUAGCAGUGGUGGUGGUCUUUGCUAGUGCUGUCACUGGUUGCCCUGUCCUGUGCACAUGCCGCAACCAGGUUGUGGAUUGCAGUGGGCUUCGGCUCUUUUCUGUACCACCAGAUCUUCCUUUGGAUACCAGAAACCUCAGCCUAGCACACAACCGCAUCACUGCCAUCCCUCCUGGAUACCUAACAUGUUACUCUGAGCUGCGGGUGCUGGACUUGCGAAACAACUCACUUUUUGAGUUACCUGUUGGACUGUUCUGGACAUCCAAACGCCUGUCGCACUUGGACUUGAGCUACAAUAACUUCAGCCAACUGGUGGCAGAUAUGUUUAAAGACGCUUACAGUCUGGUGCAUAUUGACUUGAGCCACAACCCCUGGCUCAGGAAGGUGCACCCCCAGGCUUUCCGAGGUCUGAUCCAACUACAGAACCUUGAUCUCAGCUAUGGGGGUCUCUCAUUCCUCAGCCUAGAAGCUCUGGAGGGCCUCACAGGUCUGGUGACUCUUCAAAUUGGAGGCAAUCCCUGGGUGUGCAGCUGUACCAUGGAGCCGCUGCUGAAGUGGCUAAGAAACAGGAUCCAGAGAUGCAUGUCAGAUACUCAGCUGGCAGAGUGCCGGGCACCACCUGAAGUAGAAGGAGCUUCUUUGGUUUCUCUGACAGAGGAGAGCUUCAAGGCCUGCCACCUGACCUUGACACUGGAUGAUUAUCUCUUCAUUGCCUUUGUGGGCUUUGUGGUCUCCAUUGCUUCAGUUGCCACCAACUUCUUACUGGGCAUCACUGCCAACUGUUGCCACCGUUGGAGCAAGGCGAGUGAGGAUGAGGAGAUAUAGCCACAUGGCCUGAUCCUUCCUGUUCCUGCAUUGCCCACACUCAGGAGGAAGCCAAGGGCUAUCAAGUUCGGGGGGGGGGAUCACUUGUCUUUUCCCUGCUCUGCCAUUUUCUUGAGCCUUCCUCCCACCAACCCCUGUGUGGCCGUACUAGCCUGCCAUUCAUCAAUCUUUCUUAUCAGGGGUGAGGAACAGGGUCAGCAAGGGUAGGGAGACUGAAGUGUGCCUUGUUCAAUCCUCUUUGCACUGGAAACAGCCAGCGAACCGCC